CAGGCAAUGCAACACGUGCGAACCGUAAACAACAUGCAUUUCUUGUAGAUUCGCAAUAAUAUUACCGUAAUUAAGUUUUAAAAUGUCGCGUAUUAUAGUCAAACAGCUGCCCAAGAAUAUCAGUGAGGAUAAACUGCGAAACAUAUUCGGCAGCAAAGGAACAAUUACAGAUCUGCAAUUGAAAUAUACGCCCGAUGGCAAAUUCCGUCAAUUCUGUUUUGUGGGCUACAGCAGCGAGGCGGAGGCACAGGCGGCCAUCGCCCACUUUAACAAUACAUGCAUACAGACGAGCCGCGUUCGUGUCGAGUCAUGUGCGACUCUGGGCAGCGAAGAGAAGCCGCAAUCUUGGAGCAAAUAUGCCAAGGAUAGUAAAAAGAAUCUUGAGCAGCUGAAGGACGAACAGCCGCAGCUGGAAAGCAAGAGCAAAGAAAAGAAACCAAAGUCAAAUAAAGUUGACGAGAUACUCGGCAAGCACAAAGAUGAUCCGGCCUUUCAGGAGUUUUUGCAGGCGCAUGACAAGACCCGUUCGCUAUGGGCCAACGAUGCAGGUAUUAGCGAGCAGACCAAGGAGCAGGCCUCCGAUGAUGAGACGACUGAGACACAACAAGCCGCAGAUGAUGUGGACGACGAGGAGGCUGAUGAAGCUGCAGCGCUGUCAAAGGACAAGGAUAAUGAUGACGAUGACGAGGAUGAUGAAAAGCUGGCGGAGCAGCCCAUCAGCGAUAUGGAGUACAUGAAGUCCUUGAUGGCUGGCAAAGGCGAAAGCAAACCUAAAGCAAAGGAAAAUAAAAAGCCCGAUAAAAGCAAUCUGGAAUUGUUUACCAUUAAAAUCCAUAAUGUGCCGUAUAACACAAAGCGACAGGAUAUCAUCAAGUUCUUCAAGCCACAGAAACCGUAUUCGGUGCGUUUGCCCAGCAAGGUGCAUGGCUUCUGCUAUGUGGGCUUCAAAACGGAUCGCGACAUGGCCAAGGCGAUGAUCAAGAACAAGAGUUUCAUAAAGGGCAAACAGGUGUUCUUCUCGGACUUCACCGAAAAGAACAAAGUGACCAAGGCGACUAAGAACGGAUUGGAUAUACCGGAUGUGGCAACUGGCGGUGGCAAUGCCAAGUGGCAGCAGCAGAUGGAUAGCUUAAAGAGCGAGGAGAACAUAUCCGAAUCGGGUCGCAUAUUCUUUCGCAAUUUGGCCUAUACCACAACCGAGGAGGAGCUUCAAAAGCUCUUUGAGCGAUUUGGUCCCGUUGUCGAGGUGAAUCUGCCCGUGGAUAAGGUGACGCGUCAGAUCAAAGGAUUUGGCACGGUGACUUUUAUGAUACCGGAGAACGCGCUGAAGGCAUUCAAUGACCUGGAUGGCACUGAUUUUCAUGGUCGACUGCUGCAUCUGUUGCCCGGCAAGGAGCUGGACAAUGCCGCCGAGGAGGACGACCCGCAGGCGGAUGCAAAUCUCUCCUUCAAACAGAAGAAGGCGCUCAAGCUAAAGCAGAACGCUCAGAAACCCAUUGGCUGGAAUACGUUGUUCCUCGGUGCGAACGCUGUCGCCGAUCUGCUGGCCAAGCAGUUCAAGACGAGCAAGGAGCGCAUUCUGGACACCACCGAUGGCGGCAGCAGUGCCGCUGUGCGACUCGCUCUAGGCGAAACCCAAAUCGUUAUCGAAAUGAAACGCUUUCUCGAGGAGCAGGGCGUUCGCCUCAGCGCCUUCGAUGAGCCCAACCAGAAACGCUCCAGGACUGUGCUGCUGGCAAAGAAUCUGCCAGCGGACACCGCUGUAGCCGAUCUCUCGCCCAUCUUUAGCAAAUUCGGUCCAAUUGGACGGCUCGUGCUGCCACCCAGCGGCGUCACGGCGCUCAUCGAGUACUGUGACCCGUCGGAGGCGCGCCAAGCAUUCAAAAAGCUCGCCUACAGCAAAUUCAAAAAUGUGCCGCUCUAUCUGGAGUGGGCGCCGGAGCAUACGUUCAACCAGACGCUUAGCGGCGAACCGAUUAUACCCAAAACUGAGCCUGAACACAAACCUGACGAGGCGCUCGUUGUGCAGCAGCCGGAGAAGGAGGCGAAACCAGAGUCGAAGCCGGAGGCAAAGGAUGCGGAGGAUAAGCCGGAGGCAGAGGAUGCGGAGGAUGAGCCGGAACCAAAUACGACCAUCUUUUUGCGUAAUCUCAAUUUCAAGACGGUUAUGGAAACGGUGCGUGCACAUUUUGCACACUUAGGCACCGUGCACACCGUGGAGAUAGCCAAGCGCAAGGAUCCGCAGAAUCCGAGACAGUUGAAUUCCCUCGGCUACGGGUUCAUUCAGUUCAAAAAGGCAGCUGUCGCCUCGCAGGCACUGAAGGAUAUGCAGCUAACCCAGCUCGAUGGCAAUCUGGUCGAGCUGAAGCGCAGCGAUCGUGUCCUCAAAACCCAGGACGAUGGAGCCCGACGUCGCCAGGUGGGGCAAAAGAAACAGACUGGCACCAAGAUUCUGGUGCGCAAUAUACCCUUCCAGGCGCAAUAUCGGGAGGUGCGCGAGAUAUUCAAGGCUUUUGGCGAAUUAACAUCGCUGCGAAUACCCAAGAAGAUGACGCCCGGCGAGGAUGCGCAUCGUGGCUUUGGUUUUGUUGACUACACCACCAAGGCGGAUGCGAAGCGGGCAUUUGAUGCGCUCAGCGCCAGUACCCAUUUGUAUGGCAGACGUCUGGUGCUGGAGUGGGCCUCCGUCGAGGAUCAACAUGAUGUGGAUGAGCUUCGCAAGCGCACCGCCGCCAAAUUCGAUAGCAAUCAAAUGGCCGUUGAAGCCAAGCGCAGCAGGCGUGCCUAUUUCGACAUCGACAGCAGCGUUCAGCAGGCGCCCGACGAAGAGGAUGAGUGAAUAAUGAUUUAAUUAUAAUAACUUAAAUCCUGUACAUUAUUUAGAUAAGUAUAAAAUGUUUGUAUAUAAGUAUUUUAAAUAAAUUCAACAAAUUGAGCUUGUUUUCCCAAAACAAA